CGUCUGUCUUAGUGAUAUCGAAAGCAGGAGCGGCCCACGCUGGAUGUAAUCGCUAUGUCGAGAGGAAUCUCACGGGCUGUCCUAUGGCUGCUCGAUCAGACACACAUCGUAGUAACGGGGAUCACAGCGUUGACCUUUCUCAAGACUAGGUCCGCACAUGUAGGGUACUUCAUCUCCGGCGCAGUGCUCUUCAACACUUUCGCUAAGUUGAGCAAGAACAUCAUUCGACAAGACAGGCCCAACGUCACUGUAGAAGAUGACCCGAAAGAUCCCUCUCGCCGGCCGAAGAAGAAGGUCAAGAAGACAUAUGGCAUGCCUUCGACGCAUUCGACCUCGAUAGGAUUCUACAUGGCCUACAUAAUUCUUUCCCUCCCCCCUUUCUCCAGCCCAUCGACGACUAUAUCGGGCAUGCGGCGAGCGUCGACGGUCAGCGCUCCGACAGGCGGGCUGAUGGCUCUUCUGACCCUCGUAUGGGGCAGCCUCAUCAUGUGGUCCCGCGUCCGGAUAGGGUAUCAUACCCUCGCUCAAGUGCUCGUCGGCGCUACCAUCGGUCUAAGUGGAGGUGUCGCAUGGAGAUGGAUGUGGGACAACAAGGUGGUCGGUUUUGGCAGUUGGGAGGGAGUCUUGCAGGGAUGGAUAGACAGGGCUUUCGGAAUAGUGGGGCUGUAACAGCUGCAUCGACACAUAUCGGAUACGGCCUUCAGGGAUCCUCUGGACUCUCUGAGAGGUUCCUCCAAGAUCCGGCUUCAGCCUUGAAGCCCGGACAAACACUCGGCGCAGCGAAUCGGUUGGAAGCAACAUCAAAAGUCAAUCGAAGACCCACGUCCAGCCUCAGGAGAAAUGGCAGAUCGCUUGGAAGUUAGAAUCUGUCCAGAUGAGUUACGAGGCAAGGCCCCCGUCGACUUGACUCGAAUCGCCCGAGCGACUUUGCUCAAGUUUGAGAGCGGCCAGCGAGCGACCGUUCUCAGAUGUAUCGCAUGGCACUGCACGCUCAUUGUCAUGAAGAGAUUGAACUGGCUUGACUGGUCGCCAGGGUGUCAUUUUUGUCCAACAAGAACAGAUUGGGUUACGACCUGCAGCGGCUUUACAGCUUAAUUGCUUCCGUUAGCUUCCGAAGCACCAUUUUAUCAGUGGGU